AUGCAGAUCACGGGCGCCAUCCACACAGACUGGCUGGAGAACCCCAAAGGAUUUCUACUUAAACCUGACUUUAAACGCAAAGCGCAGCACGUCGGAGCUGGCGGUAAGAAACUCAACAGCUCAAGACUCUUGAGGCUGCAUCUACCGGGCAAUUCAUACAGAGUCAGGUGGUUCGUGCUGGACGGGAUGAUCUUACGGUAUUUCAAGACGAGUACAGAGGAGCAGGAACUGGGCGCGAUCCACUUGACGUCGGUCAAUGCUGUGCUCCCAUCCAGUGUGGCAGACGCCCCUGAACAUGCACUAGAUCUGAAGAUAUGGUGCGCUGGGCGACGGUACUGA